AUGUCAGGCUCUCUGACACAGAGUGGAUAUAUAGACGGGCCUAUCCUCACCACGUUCCACACAAACCUGGUCAUUCUUCCUGCUGUGAUGGAGUACAUGCAGUACGGCUUCAUAGCGCUCGGCCUGGCAACGAUAAUAAUUGCCACUCUGGUGCAUCAUAAAGUGCGGUUCGGGUUUGGUGCCUUUCUCUUCUUUGAGGUCAUUGCAGGGGGCAACUAUGAUGUGGACUGCUUCGUCACAGACCCUCAGAACAACGUGCUGUACAAUGAAAAGAAGAAGCAGUACGACAGCUUCUCUCACACCACGGCCAUGAAGGGAGUCUACAAGGUCUGCUUCAGCAAUGAGUUCUCCUCUUUUACCUAUAAGACUGUGUACCUGGAUUUCCGCCACGGAGACGAGGAGCCUCUCAUGCCGAACAUGAACAGAAACACAGCGCUGACCCAGCUGGAGUCAUCUUGCGUCUCCAUCCAUGAGGUCCUCAAGGUGGUGGCUGACUCGCAGACGUGGUACAGGCUGAGAGAGGCACACGAUCGCAUGAAAGCAGAGCACCUGCUGGAGCGAGUGACCUACUGGUCCAUCGGAGAAACCGUCCUGCUGUUCGUCAUCGGCAUUGGUCAAGUCAUGUUGCUGAGAAGCUUCUUCGUUGAAAAGAAAGGCUCUGUCGCUGCUGCCACUUAGAACCUGUCAUCUUGUAAACUCUGUGGUGUGAAUGUAAAAGUUCAUCUGGGAAUUAGUGCACAUGUUCCUGUAAUUUCAGAAAACCCUUUGCUAAAGAGAUAGUUCAAGGAGUUUACCUGUUUCUUACUGUUUACCCAGUAUCAAAAUUGUGAAUUGUGCCUUCCUCAUGUCCAUGUUGUUAAGUUCUGAAAUGGUUGUGUUCAAAAGAAACACCACUCACACUUGUGUUUAAAAUAAGACCGACAUCCUUCAACCUUGCACAGAUGUUUUACUAUAUUUUACAGGAGUCAUGUGUUUUGAUUUACAGGAACAGUUAGUAAUCAGGAUCUGUUAUGGAUUUUCAUUAUGAUACCCAGCAAUUAGAAAGCUGUGGAACACUGUUAGAGACCAAAGAAGGGUUGUUUGUUUUUGAAUGUUAGUUUAAUUGUCUGUAUUGUGUUUGUUAUUAAUUUAUGUGUAUAGAAUUGUUGCUGUUGUUACAUUGUAGGAGCUCCAUCUCCCUCACAUCCUGGUCUGUCUCUGGGAAAGUGCCUUAAGAAAUCAUAAAGGAUUUCAUUUUUCCUACUUGAAAGUUUACUGCUUUAAUUUGUCUGUUAGCGUAUGUGCCAUCUUGUAGUUACUGAUUGAAUUGGUUUCAUGCUUUCGAGGUGACCUACCUUUACAGAUUCUUUUGUUCUCCCCCAUAAAUAUGUUUUCAGUCCCCAUGUCUUUAUUGUCUGUAUGUUGUAUGUGGAACAUGUCAAAACAUUUCAAUAAAAUCUAAUGGGAAGUUAUAAGA